AUGGAAAAUCCAAAAUUAUUCUAUAGCUACAUAAGAAGCAGCACACGAAACAGAGAUCCAAUCCCCCUCCUGAAGACUAGCGGAGACGUGGAGAUUAGUGAGGAUGGAGAAAAAGCUGAGCACUUUUCACAAUUUUUCAAAUCCAUCUUUACUAGUGAAAGUCCAUUUACUCCCCUCGACUACGACUUCGAUGAGGGUCCAAAAAUCGAGUCUGUGUCUUUUGAUGAAGCGACGGUUCGCAAAGAGCUAAUGACGCUAAAUGAGUCGAAAUCACCAGGUCCAGACGACAUACCGCCUAAGUUACUGAAGGAGCUCGCUGCCGAACUAGCCAAACCAUUGUCCAUGCUUUUCCAAGCCUCGUUCGAAGCCGGCGGCUUGCCCACCGACUGGAAAUCUGCGCGGAUCACACCACUGCAUAAAGGAGGCAGCAAGGCCUCUGCAAACAAUUACAGACCAAUUAGCCUCACUUCCAUCUGCUGCAAACUCAUGGAGAAAAUAAUCAAGCGAGAGCUGAUGCGCUUCCUAGAGCAGCAUAAUUUAUUAUCUGAUGCGCAGCAUGGGUUUCGUUGUGGCAGGUCUUGCGUGACUAACUUGCUCAACUGUUUGGAACGUUGGACUCGGUCAGUUGAUGAAGGCAGUGCGCUGCAUGUAGUCUAUAUCGACUUUAAAAAGGCAUUUGAUAGUGUCCCACAUCAGCGACUCCUGCACAAACUGAGCCGAACAGGCGUUAGGGGUAACCUCUUAAAAUGGAUUCAAAGUUUCCUGUUAGACCGUUGUCAAACUGUCCAUGUCGGUGGCCAGAAGUCGACGGAGGUUGCCGUUGAAAGCGGUGUUCCCCAAGGCUCAGUUCUUGGCCCUACUUUGUUCAUCAUUUACGUAAACGAUUGCGUGAGUGAACAGGGUUGUGGUGUCGCCAUGUUUGCGGAUGACAUUAAGCUCUGGAGCGUCAUUCGAACUGCAGAUGACGAAGAGCAUCUGCAGGCGAACCUAAAUCGACUCCAACAGUGGUCAAAGGCCUGGCUUCUGCCGUUCAACGAGAAAAAGUGUAAUAUUCUACGAGACGGCAGAGCUCGCUCUCCGAACCAUAUGGCCUACUGCCUAAAUGGUAUACCGCUGCAAGAAGUGGACUCGCAGAAGGACUUGGGAGUAUGGAUUACGACCUCGCUCAAACCCUCGCUGCACUGCACGAAGAUAGCCAAGUCUGCAAUGUCAGUCCUCUACCUUGUCAAGCGGGCUUUCUCUGCCUUUGACGAAGACUGCUUCGCUAAAGUCUUUCGAACUUUUGUGCGUCCGCAACUAGAAUUUGCUAUCCAAGCUUGGAGACCCUGGACCGCGAAGGACCUCAGCAUCCUUGAAAGGGUUCAAAGGCGUGCAACGAAACUUGUGGCAGGACAGGGUUCACUACCAUAUGCAACGCGGUUAGCUAACCUCAAUCUCUUUCCCUUGAGUUACAGGCAGUUACGGGGUGACCUGAUACAAGUCUUCCGUAUCAUACGCGGUCAGGACUGCAGCCUCGUACCGGGUGACUUCUUCGAGUUAGCAACCACCACAAAUCUACGAGGCCAUCCAUUCAAACUACGUGUGACAGGGGCCAGACUGGACACACGAAGGUUCUUCUUCUCCAACAGAGUGGUAGAAGCCUGGAAUGCCCUGCCUGUGGAUGUCGUUAUGUCUGCUUCCGUCGAGGUUUUUAAGAGGAAGCUAGAUUUGUGUAGCAGUGUGCACUAA